AUGUGCUUGGGCUUCAUGGUUAUUUGCCAUCAUAUUGCAGCAUUAGCAAUAUAUACCCACUAUAAUUUGAGCUCCACGGAUACAGCUUGCUCCUGGAGUGCUAGGAAAAACAAUACAUUAGGUGAAAUUAAAUCAAUAAAUCAAAUAUAUAAUUGUAUACCAUGUCCGGAUAUAAGUGUUUCAAAUGUAGAUUUUGAUAACUUUAGAGAGACUUUAAUGAGUUUAUCAGUCCCUGUUGGAUUUUCUUGGUUAUUGCAGUCCGAAAACGAAUCAAUUACUUCCGAAAAUCUUUUAGUUGACUCUAUUGAAAGUCUUAUUCUCGACAAAAGAUGUCAAUAUUUAGUAAAAUCAAAGGAUUUUGUUGCCCUUAAAAAUAAUGUACAAACUAAGAUCUAUGUGACAGAUGUGUCAAUUAUUCAGAUAGCUAAAGAUACUGUUGGACAAAUUAAUAAUGACCUUUGGUUUAAGUAUAGGAAAAAUAGACUUACUGCUAGCCACUUUGGAAAAGUCCUAGCAGCCUUUAAAAAAGAUUAA